AUGUCGUCGUCGGCUCCGACGGGUCCAAGACCUCAGGCACAUGACGUGCUUGUUAAGCUCACUGUGAAGCACCCCCGCCCCGAACUACACUACCCAGAGCGAAGAGUUAUCCUUGAGCAAAGCAACACCAGUGUCCUGGUUAUCGGUCGAUCCAGCAAGCGGUUCGAUCACCUGGAGGCAAAGGGCGAUAACUGCUAUUUCGACAGCCCGGUGAUGAGCCGUGAGCACGCCAAGAUCACGGUUGACUGGUAUCACAAGAAACUCAACAUCAAAGACAUCGGUUCUCUUCAUGGCACCUACCACAACUCCCAGAGGCUGCAUCCGCGAACGCUCCGCGAAUUGCAGCCACAUGACACUCUCAAGUUUGGCAUCGACAUCCAGCGAUCCAACGAACUCUUUCCCCCUUGCACCGUCGAGAUAGAGUGGGAGUGGGAUCAUUUGGUGAAGACGGCCCAAGCCACAAACCAGAUCAAAUCACGGCCAUCAUUCGCAGUCCCUGACGACUCGGACAGUAGCGAUGAUGAUUGCAUUACCGAGAGCGACAUCCGCACCACCGUCGAGAAGCUCCGUAAGGUCGACAUGCAAAAACCAGCCGCAAACACUGCCAGGCUUUUUGCCAGCUCCAUCGACCUUACCAUGGACUCUCCUAUGAACGGGCCAGAGACGAAUGGGCAGGCUGGCGCUCCAAUCGUUAUUGACGAGGACAUCCAGAAGUGUCCACGGGAGCUUGUCGGUCCCUCUCUGAUCACUACGCAAAGCGACGAGGCUCCAGCCGAGAUGGACGCCCCUCACGACGAGGAGGAGAUUCUGCCACCCAGUUCCAACAGCCACCGCCAACUCCCUCCGAUCUCCGUUUCCGACUCAGAGUCGGAUGAGUCCAACGAUGAGUCUUACGACGAUGAGUCGUCCAGCUAUCCCGAUGAACUUCCCUCAAGCCAGGACGAAAUGGCCGACUCCUGCGACGAAGACAUCAAUCUUAGUGAUUCCGACAGCGAGGGCAACAGUGAAGGCGAUGACGAUGAAGAAGAGGAAGAUAUGGAAGCCGAGGACGAGAGCGGCUCAGACGUGGAAAGCGAGAGCGAGCGUCUCGGACUCCCGAGCUAUGAGCGUGACCUUCUCAUGACCGACGACUACAACUACGAGACUGAUGCCGAUCAGCCCGACCAGCCCGAUUCGACCCUCUGGGCAGACGAGGGUGCAUCCUUCAUGUGCUCACAGCCCCUGCCUGAGGUCAACUCAUCCCAUCAACCCUGCUACAUCCCAGCCAAUUGGCAGACGGAGCAACCCGGUGUUCAGGGUAUCCUGCCUCGUCCAUUCAGGUCAAUGCCGAUGCCAUCGCUCCCUUCCAUUGUAUGGCCGGCACUGCCUGUUGUAGACCAGGGCGAGCAAGGACGUCCGAAUGACUUCCGGCUGCCCUCGAUCUUGAACCCUCCCAACUCACAAAUCGAUGCCCUUCCCGAAGUCAGCAAUGGCGCACAGCCGUUGCAUGCGGUUCCAUCAACGGAGUACUCAGCACAGAAGGAGGCAGCAGCACCGAGUUACACCCACUGGCAAAAGGCCUAUGAGGCUCCCAAGCCUGUGGCUGCUGCUGUUGACAAGGACUCCUGGGCGCUGCCCCAGCAUGAUGAAUCAUCGGCCGAAACACUGGGUCAACUUACUGGCAAGACCGAGUUCUUUGCAGCAAGGGAGCACAACAAGGCAAUCAUGCGUCGUCAGGAGCAGCCUCAAGAUUUCUCUCAGCCCAAGAACCAGGUACCGAAGACAACCGAAGCGCCCGCCGAAGUCUCGACGUCUGAACCUCAGCCCGUAAGUGCUCUCAGCGGAGCCGCCGUUCCGGAGCCGGUAGCGGAGACUCCCAAGUCCGCCAACGUCGCCGAAUCGGUGUGGUCGGCCUCCGGAGACAAGUUCCUCAACACCCCCCAAGAUUUUUCCAUGUCCGACGUGAGAAACACCAGUCCUGAGUUCGACAUGACGAGCGCCUACCAAUUCCACCAGAGCAAGAUUGCAUCCAGUCAGCCCAGUUCUACGGAUGCGGCUCAGCCUGUUAAUAGCCAGUCCAAUUAUACCCAGCAGACAGCAACCUCAAGGUCUCCCAAGCGCAAGGCUGAGGAGAUCUCUACGCUUGUCCCAGAGGAGGAGGCUGCCGAGGCCUCCGCGACAAAAGUGCAACAACGGGAAGAGACUUUCUCUAAAGAUGUCAAUGAGAUGCAGGUGACUUCCGAACAGGCCCUUCCAAAUGUCCCAGCCGCCGCGAAGCUCGUUGACGAAUCCGCGCCCCCACCUUCCAAACGUCUGCGAAGUUUCUUGACAAAGGCUGGAUAUUUCCUUGGUGGAGGUGUCGUCACUGCGGCAGGUCUCGUGACAGCGCUCUCCGCUGCUGCUCCUGCUCUCUAG